AUGGAGGGGAGCGGCGGUGGCGGCGGUGGCGGCGGCGGCGGCGGGGCGGAUCCGGGCCUGGCCACGGCCCCGGGCAGGGAGGGCGAGGGCUGCGAGGGGCUGUGGGAGCUGCCGGUGGAGCGCUGCGAGAGGCGGCCCGUGUGCGGGCGCUGCAGCCGUCCUCAGAAGGUGUGUUUGUGUCCUUUCCUGCCUGUACAUCCACUAAAGGUCUCCACCUGCUUGUAUAUAAUUCAGCAUCCAGCAGAGGAAAGUCGAGUGUUACGAACAGUACCUUUGCUAGCAGCUUGUCUCCCUCCAGACAAAUGCAAAAUUUUGGUUGGUCGACGUUUUAACGAAGACAGGUAUCCUGAAUUAGCAACUGUGUGCAGAAAUCCCAAUACUGUAAUUUUGUAUCCUGGAGCUGAAGCAACCAAUUUGGAAGAAGUUGCAGUCAUGUCUUCUAGUCCAUCUGCUAUGAUUAUCAUUGAUGGAACAUGGAGUCAGGCAAAAGAUAUAUUUUACAAAAAUUCUCUCUUCCGUCUUCCCAAGCAGGUGCAGUUAAAACCCAGUAUUUCAAGCCAGUAUGUAAUUCGUACACAACCAACAAACACCUGUCUGUCUACUCUUGAAUGUGCAGCUGUUGCUCUUUCCAUCAUGGAAAAAAAUAAGAGUAUACAAGAGAUUAUACUCCAUCCGCUUCAAGCUUUAUGCUCUUUCCAACUUCAGCAUGGUGCACAGAUCCAUCACAGCAAGGAACAUCUUCUCAAAAAUGGCUUAUAUGACAAGCCCAUGCCAAAGAAUAAACGCAAACUCAGAAGAAUGGAGCUUCUGGUGAAUAAUGUUAAAAUAUAAGAAAGCUGUACAGACUGUACAGUGGGAUUUAUUUGCAUGUAGCAAAUGAAUAUGAAUCUGGAUUUGAUCCAAACAGUUGACUAUACUCUAAUAAAACAACUUUUAGGCCCUUCUUAGGCAAGAGUUUUAUCUACCAAUGUGACAAACAGUAAUGGACAAGCUUUUUCAUUUGUGCAGUAAGCCAGGUGCCUUUGUUCAGAUGAUGGAGGAGCAUUCUCAUUUCCUGUAGAGAAAAGGAAGAAAAAUGAACAUAAUUUAGACUUAUGUUAUCACUUGGGUGUCAGAUAUGAUCCUCAGUAUGACUGGAUGAAUUUAUUUUGGAGAGGCUUUUACCAGUACAAAAAGACAAGAAAUAUGAAUAUGGAUGUGAUGGAAUGGUAAGGCUUCAGUGGUUAGAAUUAUGUUGAAUUACUACUGAGCUUUUUAGCUUCAGUACCUAACUACUGUAGACUUUCAAAGCAUAAUUCCUGAUAUUCUUUAGUUCAGAUGAACAUAAGGCAUG